CGCUUCAUCGGAUAACCAUGUUUGCGAAACUCGUGAUAUGCGCUGUGGUGGCCGCUGUGGCAUCACUGCCUCAAGGAUCACCGUCUAGAUCCUAUGGACUUCCCAGUGGAAGUUCAUUCGGCAGUUUCGGUGGAGUAGGUGGACCUGGAAGUGGAGCUGGAGGCAGUGGAGGAUUCGGAGGUGGAGCUCCUGGUUCAAGCAGUGGAGGAUUCGGAGGUGGAGCUCCUGGUUCAAGCAGUGGAGGAUUCGGAGGUGGAGCUCCUGGUUCCGGUAGUGGCAGCUUCGGCAGUGGAGCCACCGGAGGAUUUGGAGGUUCCUCGGGAAGCUUCGGUGCUGGUGGUUCUGGAGCUGGAGCUUCAGGUCCUUUCAUUCCCAUCAUUACCGACGAACGCCAAGGUCCCGAUGAGUUCGGAAACUACAACUUUAACUUCGAAACUGCAAACGGCAUCAUUCGUGAGGAACAAGGAGCCCCACAAGGAGAAACUGGAGCCGUAGCACAGCAGGGUGCUUGGUCAUUCACCUUCCCUGAUGGCACUCCAGCUGACUUCAGCUUCGUUGCUGAUGAAAACGGUUUCCGCGUGGAGUCCGACCUUCUGCCCACUCCCCCUCCCCUCCCCCCGCACGCCAUCGCCCAGAUCGAGAAGGCUCGUCAGGAGGAUGCCGCCGCUGCAGCUUCUGGUGGCCGGCCUGGCUCUGGCUCUGGACAGUUCUCUGGCUCAGGCUUUGGCGCCGGCCAAUCAGGCUUUGGUUCAGGACAAUUCUCGGGAUCUGGCCAAUCAGGUUUUGGAACCGGUGCCGGCCAACCAGGAUUUGGGUCUUCUAGUGGCCAGUUCUCAGGUUCAUCUUCCUCCCAACAAGGACCCAGCACCGCCUAUGGUUAUCCUUAAAUUGAAUCACAAUGAUAAUGCGACGUAAAAUCUGCUGCCAUUUCUGACCCAGCGAUAUCAUAUUUUUUUAGCACUCAUUAAUAUAGGUAAGAUAUAACCAUGAUGCUCACUAGUGAAGUUACA